GAGAAAAAUUGUUAUUUCAUCUUCUUCUUUUUUCUCUCUCCGUGGGUAGUAAACAACUUUAGAAUAUACUGUCUUAUUCCAUCAACAUAAUCUUCUUCAUCGUUUCUUACUUUUCUCUCUCUCCACCAUCAUCUUCAUCUUCAUCUUCAUCUUUUUCAUCAUCAUCAUCAUCUUUCACUCUCCCGGCUGGUUGGGCGUAUGUACAUGUUACCCAUAAAAAUCCAUCUCUCUCUCUCUCUCUCUCUAACUAAAUCACUUGCAACCGGGUUAAAUAUAGCCUCAGAAAAACACAAUGUUCUUUUAUCAUUGUUCCAUUAAACGAGCAAUCAACUAAUCUGUUACUCUUCAUUUACAAUUAACUUUUCCUCUGGUAAUUUUCACUUGUAUGGAAAUACAAGCACAUUGAAGCCUCUAAUUUAGUCUGGAACAAAAUUCAAUUAACUUCAAUCAAAGCAGUUAAUUAAUUUACAAAUUUGAUUAAGAUUUAUUUUUAAUUCUUGGUUAAAGGAUAAUUGUUCCCAUUCAAUUAAUUGAUCAACAACAACAACAACAAUAACCAGAAAAUCAAGUAAACCAAGAAAUUGUAUUUUCUGUUAAUCAACUUACCUUAAGCCCUUUCAGGUCAGGGUUUAGGACGAAAGGAAAAGAGAAGGUUAAAUGAUGAGGAUUGAAUUCAGGCUGAUUUUAAUCAUUUCAAGUAAUUAACUGAUGAAUAGCGAUUUAACCAUGAAAAUUUAAAGAAGAUACAAAAAAUUGUUAAUUAUUAAAUUAAACUCAUUGAUUGGUGGAGGUGGUGAUCAGUUAAUUUGCAUGUGAUCAGAAUAAAUCAACCAGUGCCUUAAAUUGAAAAGUGAUACAAUUAUUAUUUUCACCUAAAUUGCCUUGGGACCAAUUAACUGAACCUGCUCAUAGUUUUGGAUUAAUUUACAAGAAGAAAUUUCUAUCACACAAUUAACUCUAAACAAUUGGAUUCAAAUUUAAAUUUAAAUCAAAAGUUGGAAAACUUAAAUUGUGAUUUAAACAGUUCUACACGCACAGAUUAUCACUUACACUGCCUUAAAUCCUUUUACAUCAUAUUAAUCUGCUGAUUAAUCACCACAAAAGAGAAAAAGCAAUUCAAAAGACUGAGAGAACUAAGUCAAGAUCAACAUUUUGAAUAAUUGUCCUCAAACCAUCAUCAUAAUCAUCGUUUUGGCAAGAUCGUUAUCAAGUCAAUAUCAACUCAAUUGGAAAGUAGAAGCUUUUGUUUAUUUUAUAUCGUAAUAAUAACAAAAACAAGGAAAGAAUAAACAAUCAACGGAAAUCAUUCUAACAAUUUAACAGGAACAAGAGACAAUUAACAUUCAAUCUACAAUCUCAACGAGCUUAAACAAUCCCCUGCAACUUUCAUAAAGACAAGGAACAUUAUUAUUGUUGUUAUUUCACAACAAUUUCAUAGAUUUUAAACACAGGGUAUAAUCUAAUUGGACGAAAAUGGUGUUCGAUCUUUUUGGUUCACUUCGAAGUAUAACAAAAUUAGAUCAAGUUUGCAUUGAUAAUAAUGCUUUUCGAUUACAUUAUAAGGCAACGGUUAUCCUUUUAGUUGCUUCCAGUAUUCUGGUUACUGGUAGACAAUAUUUCGGUGAUCCCAUAGACUGUAUUCAGAGGGAUGAUAUUCCUCAGAAUGUGAUGGAUACUUUUUGUUGGAUCCAUUCAACAUUUACCUUGCCCAAUGCGCUCUCCAAACAGGUUGGUGUUGAUGUAAUUGCUCCAGGAGUGGAUAAUUAUAAGCCCGGAGAGAAAAAGGUGUACCAUAAGUACUACCAAUGGGUUUGUUUUGUUCUCUUCAUCCAAGCCAUGUUCUUCUAUGUACCUCGAUACCUGUGGAAAAUUUGGGAAGGUGGUAGAUUAAGAUCACUUGUUCUUGGAUUAAAUAAUCCAAUUCUUGGUUCAGGUGAACGAUCGGAACAAAUUGCUCUUCUAACCCACUACCUGAAGACCAAUUUAAGAUACCAUGAUUCUUAUUUUUACUAUUUUGUCUUUUGUGAGAUACUCAAUUUUCUCAAUGUUAUCUUCCAAAUGUACCUUGUCGAUGCUUUUCUUGGUGGUGCCUUUUCGACUUAUGGCCUUGAAGUCCUUCGAUACAGUGAAAUGGACCCAGAAGAACGAAUUGAUCCAAUGGUUAAAGUUUUCCCUCGAGUAACUAAAUGUACUUUCCAUCGAUACGGUUCAUCAGGAGAUGUACAGAAACACGAUUCUCUCUGUAUUCUUCCCUUGAAUAUCAUCAAUGAAAAGAUUUACAUUUUCCUUUGGUUCUGGUUUGUCAUCUUAGCUGUUGUCUCUGGAUGGGUUAUCAUUGAGAGAAUGAUAAUCAUAUUUUUCCCUCAUUUCCGUUAUCUUUACCUGCGAUCUGCUGCAAGAAUCGCGGAUCGAAAUCAUCUUCGGGAAGUUCUAGAUCACGCUCGAAUCGGUGAUUGGUUUAUUCUUCAUCUAUUGGCCAAGAAUCUUGACUCACUCCACUUCAGGGAAUUGGUUAAAGAAUUGAGAUCUUCACUUUCAGAAGAAGGUGAAAAAUUCCGUCCCAGAGACACAAGCGAAACUGGAUUCAGCUCUAAACUGGCCUAAGAGAAUUAACUUGAAAAAUGUACACUAUGAACAAUUUUUUCUACCAUCGAAUGAAAUUGUUUGUAUCAUCAACCAAUUCUUAUUUUAUCUUCUUACAUCAUCUCUUGCAAAACAUGAGAAAAACACAAACUCCCAUGAUAACCUUCAAGACUUUUUUAAUUGCAAAUAAGCGGACGGAUAAAUGAACAUCACCACCAAUAAUUAAUUUAAAUCAAUUCAAAAGCCAGUUACACCCAGAGAGAGAGAGGAUCAAUCAUAUUAUCAAUUUAAAAAUCUAUCCAAUGAUACAUUUUUUUUUUCUUGGUUCUUACAAAGACACAAAGUAUUUACUGGACCAACUUGUUGUGGUCAACAAAAUACAGAGAAAAUUUAACCCAGACAAUUACUACGAAUCCGAACCGGACCACGAACGAAGUGAUAUUAAUUAUUCAUCAAGUAAUCAAUUAAUCAUCCCAUUACAAUAAUCAGCGACAACGAAAAAAAAAAACAAACAACAAUUUAAACAAAACGAAACUUUCACAAGUAAUAUUGACCUAAUUUACUUGUUAUUAAUCAACUUUAAACCAACAAUUGGAAUCAAACUAUUUUCAUUAAGAGCAGAUUAAUAUAUUUUUAUCGUCUAAUAUUUACCAUGUUACAAAUUUUGAGGAUUAAUUUGAUUAGAUUAAUAGGAUAAUAAUCAACGAGUUAAUGUUCGUUGUCUCUCUUUACUGAUUUGAUUGUAUAAUGAUUUAGUUAACAUGUAUCAUCUCGCCCUCCUCUCUCAUUCUCUCAGCAUUUCCUUUUCCUCUUUUAUCUUUUAUCAUCUUAUUCUCUUCCAUGUUUAAUCAUUUUCUACCUGAAAAAAACUUCGUCUUCUUGACUACAUUAAUUUCAUCACAAUUAUGUAUCUUUCCUCUUGCUGCUGAUACUUUUCUUUUCCUCUCAAUCAUUUGUUUUUCUCUCUUUUUUUUUGGAAAGUGGACCAAUCAAUCAACUUAAUGGACCAAUUAUCAUCAUUACAAUUCAUCACAAACAACGACACUUAUCCUACCUGAAUUACCUGGAAAUCCAAUUAACUAUGCAAAAGAAACAAGAAAAAAAAACAACGGUGAUAAUAAUAUUUAUCAUCUACCAAAUAAGUUGCCAAAAUCUUCACAAUACAUUCACACAAUUAGCUAAUUACAAUUAAUAGUAAUAAUUUACAUACUACACUCAGUGUGAGUUUAAUUGAAACAAUUGAAAAAAGUUUUUCUUCAAUGAUAAUCUUGAUAAUAUCGUAGAUGAGUGUAUAUUUUUUUCAAUUUUACAAUUUAAUUUAUGUACACCAAUCAACUUGUAUUUUUGUUAAAUUAACCUUUUGUGUCUUUGUAUUAACCAGCAAUUUAAUCUAAUCAACAACAACAAAUCGAAAUCUAUAUAUUUACAUCAAACAUAAACUUAAUUUUGUUUGAAUCAAA